CCAUCCUGCCACGUAUCCAUAUAUGGCAGUGACCACGCCCAUGUUACGCCCCGCCCCUUCCUGCCGGCGCAGCAGUUUGACGUCAGAGCGCGAUGGCGGCGCCGGGGCUGUCGAAGGCCGAGUACCUGCGGCGGUACCUGAGCGGCGCCGAGCCCGCCGCGCCGCGCCGCCGCCGCCGCAGGAAACCGCCGGCCGGCACCGCCAGAGGCGGCAUGCGCAUCGUGGAUGACGACGUGAGCUGGAGCAGCAUCGCCGCCGCCGCCGACAGGGAGGAGGAGGAGGAGGACGAAGGGGACAUGCCUGUGGUGGCAGAGUUCGUCGAUGAGCGCCCCGAGGAGGUGAAGCUCAUGGAGGAGUUCCGGAUGAACUCCAAGUGGAAGCUCCUGGGAGAUGAGGACUCGCAGAGUUCAGAUAUUUCGGGACCUGCCAAGCCUGCCACGAGGCGGCACCACGGCUCCCCAGAGCCCUCGGCCCCAGCAGGGAAACACAACGGCUCCGUGGGGCUGUGUGCUCCCCGGGGACAGCGAGACAGCAGCCCUGAGCUGUCACCCCCCAGGAGGCAGCGACACGACACCCCAGAUCUGUCACCCCCCAGGAGGCAGCGACACGACACACCAGACUUGUCACCCCCCAGGAGACAACGUCACGACACCCCCGACCCCUCACCCCCCAGGAGACAGCGCCAUGACACACCAGACUUGUCACCUCCUAGGAGAAAGCGCCACGACACCCCUGACCCAUCCCCUCCUAGGAGACAGCGUCACGACACACCAGACUUGUCACCCCCCAGGAGAAAGCGACACGACACCCCUGACCCCUCACCUCCCAGGAGAAAGCACCAUGACACGCCAGAUCUGUCCCCUCCCAGGAGACAACGUCACGACACCCCUGACCCAUCCCCUCCCAGGAGACAACGCCAUGACACGCCAGAUCUGUCACCCCCCAGGAAAAAGCGUCAUGACACCCCAGAUUUGUCACCUGCCCGGCGGCGGCAGCGUCACGACACCCCUGACCCCUCACCCCCCAGGAGACAGCGCCAUGACACACCAGACUUGUCACCUCCUAGGAGAAAGCGCCACGACACCCCUGACCCAUCCCCUCCUAGGAGAAAGCAACAUGAUACCCCAGAUCUGUCCCCUCCCAGGAGAAAGCGACACGACACUCCUGACGUGUCACCUCCUAGGAGGCAGCGUCACGACACACCAGACUUGUCACCUCCCAGGAAAAAGCGUCACGACACCCCUGACCCAUCCCCUCCCAGGAGACAGCGACACGACACUCCUGACCUGUCCCCUCCCAGGAGACAGCGCCAUGACACCCCAGACUUGUCACCCCCCAGGAGAAAGCGCCAUGACACCCCAGACCUGUCCCCUCCCCGGAGGCAGCAUCACGAUUUGUCACCUGGGAGAGAGAAGCCGGGGUCCCCGAGUGGGAAGAAGGGCCAAAGGAAAGGACGGGCUUCUCCUGCCCACAGGGACCAGCCCAGGUCCCGGAGCCCCCCGGAGCCCUCCCUGCACCACCGGGAUGCCAGGGACUCUCCCAAGAAGGCUGGCACGAUGGCAUCCGGGGUCAAAGCUGGCCUGGUGUCGGCUGACGUGCUGCAGAGGGAGAAGCAGGAGCUCCGGAAGCACGAGAGGAGCACCAGGCACCUGGAAGAGGAAUCCCGGGACGCUCAGACCGUGUUCCGAGACAAGUCCGGCCGCAAGAGGAACCUGGCCCAGGAGCAGCUGGAGCAGAGGCUGAAGGCUGAGGCAGAGGCCAAGAGAGAAGAGCAGUAUGCCAAGUGGGGCAAAGGGCUGGCACAGGAGAGGCAGCAGCAGCAGAACGUGGAGGAUGCAGUCAAGGAGAUGCAGAAGCCCUUGGCCCGUUACAUCGAUGACCAGGACCUGGACAGAAUGCUGAGGGAGCAGGAGAGGGAAGGAGACCCCAUGGCUGCUCUCAUCAAGAAGAGGAAGGCCAAGGAGAACAAGGAGAAAGAAAAACCCAGGUACAAGGGACCAGCUCCUCCCCUCAACAGGUUUAACAUCUGGCCCGGGCACCGCUGGGACGGCGUGGACAGGUCCAACGGGUUCGAGCAGCAGCGCUUCGCCCGCAUUGCCAACAAGAAGGCCGUGCAGGAGCUCGCCUACAAGUGGAGCGUGGAGGACAUGUAGGGACAGCUCCUGCAGAGCCCCACAGGCUCCACCUGCUGCCACAGCCCCGAGGGAUGGCCUGCUCCCCUGGAGCAGCCCUGUGCUCGGCGUUCAGCAGCCCACGGGCCAUCUGCUGAGAGGCACGGCUGGAUUUCCCUGUGAGCCCCUGCGGAGGACACUGCUUUCCUCUUCCUUUUCUAACAAACUUCUCUUCUACGCCAAAUGACUUCUGAGGGCAGUUCCCAAGUCUUCAGGUGUCCUAAAUCUCAGGUGAAAAUCUGCUGAACGCUUGGGCUUGGGAGAGUUACCCUCAUGCUGUUGGUCACUCUGCUCCAGAACUCAGGUUAAGUGGAACUUCUGAACUUCUGUCAAGUUCAUGCAGUUAUUUUGCCAUGUCGAUCCCAGAGUCACUAACAUGCAGGAAAGUUCAAACUCAGCUUCUCCUGACCCUGUCCAAGCAGGAAACUGAGCAGGGAAUGCUCUGGCACUGGAAGAGUGACCUGCAAUGCUGCAUUGGGCAGCAAGAACUUCAGGAGCCUCAGCAAUUCUGCAGGGCUCCAUUUCUAGUGGAAGGAAAUGUGUGGAGAAUUAGGACUUAAUGCCUGGAGUUGUUUCCCUCCUAGUUUGGAGCAGCUGGUGCCCCCAGAGCCCUCUGGAUUUGAGGCUGAUCUCAGCACUUGGCUCGCUCUGGUGGGAGGUGUAACAGCCCUUGUCCUGUGAUCACAUUUGUCAGUCUUGGAGCUUCCCUUAAUCCCUGUGUGCCGGAAGGCACUUGUGGAAAUAAAUACAGUUGUUCUUGUUGAGGUCCUGGGGAGCAGGGAGGAAAUGCAGGCAGCAGUUUCCAUGGAGAUGCCUUGGCUGCAGCAGUGGGCAGGGCAGGGCAGGGCAGGAUCGCUCUUUUCUGGGAUUCUCCAGCCCUGGGAGGCCGUGGGUGGGAGGGAGGGGCAGAGCACAGUCUGCUCUGGAGUGCCAGACUCUUGGGACAUCCCUGCUUUUCAUCCCUGUGUCACAUUUCCAGCAGCCCUGGAAUUGGUGUGUUCACCUGUAAAUAAAACCUUGCUUUUUUUACUCCA